GUACAUUCAUCAUUAGUACUUGUUGAUGUAAAUAUUUAAGCGGUAUACACACUUCAGUACAGUUCCUUCUAACUAAAGUCUUGUUACUGGAGACUUCGAAAAGGUAAUUAGUCAUGAAGACCGCAUUAGUGAUGGCCGUAUUACUAUCUGCCGCUACAGCGCAACCUUUUGGUUAUUAUGGUUAUGGUGAUGGUGAUGGUGAUGAUUUUCCUGGUGGCGAAGAUGACUUUGGCUUUCCGGGAGGUCUUUUCGGUGGCAUUGCUCCUGGUUAUAUUGGUGGCUAUGCUGGUGGCCCUGCCUAUGGUUUUGCUGGUGGCGCUGCUGGUGCCUUUGGUUUUGCUGGUGGCGCUGCUGGUGCCUAUGGUUUUGCAGGCGGCUAUGCUCCUGGUUAUCAAGGUGCCUAUGCUGGUGGCCCUGCCUAUGGUUUUGCUGGUGGCGCUGCUGGUGCCUUUGGUUUUGCUGGUGGCGCUGCUGGUGCCUAUGGUUUUGCUGGCGGCCCUGCCUAUGGCUCUGCUGGUGCUUAUGGCUUUGCUGGUGGCCCUGUUGGUGCCUAUGGUUUUGCUGGCGGCUUCGCCUAUGGCUCUGGCUAUGGUUUUGACGGUGGCUAUGGCAAUGGCUAUGGCAGUGGAUAUGGCUACGGUUUUGGUGUUGGUGGUGAAUUCGGAGACAAUUAGAGCAACCGACAGCACAGAACAUCUCACCUUGGCAACAUUUGU